AUGUCUUUUCUUCAUUACAUUACCUUCAAGCUGGUUGUAAUAAGGGAUAAAAGAAUUGGCUCGAUAUACUACACUUUGGCAGCUGUCAUCGUCCUCUACACUCUGGCCGAAAUAUUUCUUAAGAAAGGUUACCUGGAGGUGAGAAUAGUGGAAUCGAAACAGUACUAUUAAAAUAUAUGUAUCAUUCUAGAAUAUUGCUUCCUUUCAUGUCUAGUUUUUACAAAGAAAAAAAGAGAAGAGAAUUCUGGUUUUGUAUGGUGUUGAACUGUGCCAGUCACUUUCCGCUAACGGUUUAUUACCCUAAAGCAAAACCAUAUUUCAUCAUUGCAUUAUCAUCAUCAUCCUGAUCAUCGUCAUCAUCAUCAUCAUCAUCAUCAUCAUCAUCAUCAUCAUCAUCAUCAUCAUCAUCAUUGUCAUCAUCGAUGUCUUUGCUGUCGUCAACACCAUCAUCCUGUCUUCCAUUUUUGUCAUCAUUGCCAUUAUACAGUAUUUUAAAUAUUAUGGGAUGUUCAAUUGUUAAUUUUUUAUCUGCACUCCUCCCUCCCUCCUAAGCCACACCUUUGUCAGAAGAGUCCAAAAAAUAAAUCUUUGUACAACUUUUCAUUCCUGUAGCAUGUUUCAUUUUGAAAAUACAGCAAUUUGAACUUCCGAGUUUUCACAGUGCAUGACACCAAAAAUGGAAUGCUUUCUCAUUGAAAAACAGUCUCUCCUCUUGGUUUUCAGCAGUAUAACCAUUUCAAGUAUCAGAAGAUAUGUUUAUGCGCACGUGUUCUAGUUCUCAAGGGAGAGAAAGAGCUUUUAUUAAAAAAGCGAACUCCAGAUGUUUUUGUUGAUUUCCGGCAGCCAUAUUUGUGGACCAAAAUGGUACGCCAAUAUGGCAUCUCCGUACAAAGCUCUACAAAUGUGUGUGGGGCAUUUGGGCAAAUAACUCAGAAACUGUGUGCCAGAAGGACCUGAGACUUGGACAAAUUGUUUAUAUAUUAGUCUUUUAUAACAUUUCAUUUUCUUGACUUCUGCCACUGGACGGUUUCCAAUACUUUUUUGUUUCGUGACAGUGAAAAUGAUCUAUACUGAACUCCCCUAUUCAAAAACCUACAGUCCUAAUAUGGGAAGGGUAGAUGUAGAUGCAUGUAGGUGUAUAAAAUAAUAUAGCUUCCUUAUCCAGGGGUAUACCAUCCAUAUCUGACUUAUAACUAUGUAUAAUAAUUCUGAUAAUUUGCAUCUCUGGCCUUUUUUUCCGUAAAAACUGUACCUUACCUACAACAUUAUGUGUAAAAUAAACAACUUAUAACUACUGUGUAUCCCUGCAUAUUCCUGUGUUCCACUAUUAUUAUUAUGAUCGUGAAUCACUUCAUUAUCAUCAUAUUGCUAAUAAUAGUGUCAUGAGCACUACCAUAAAAGUUACCAUUACUAUUACACCUGUUGUUUGGGAAAAGGAAAACAAUCAAUAAAAAUUAUGGUUGUUUCAAUAUUCUAGUCAAAUUUUGCAGAUCCUGCUGUCUCCAUUUUAAAACACUGAAUGAAUAUCUUGAAGUCUUGAAUAUUUUUUACCAUAGCUAAAAUUUUAGAACUCAAUCAGACAUGACACUGGACACUGAUUUUGUUCGUAUUCUGAAAUUUGGUUUUAGUUUGAUACAUCACCAGAAGCCACUAUGAGAUUCCUUCUCUCAGACCCUAAAGAGGAUGUUGCAAGCAAUAGUGAACAGACAUCUCAGAUGAGCAAUUUAAGCUACUGUUGCACCAAAGGUGUGGUAUAGUAAAUCUAUAAAAUGCAGUACUGCAUUGCCAUUUAAUUGUCAUGCUGCAUCAUACUCAUCAGUACAAGUGUCCAUAAUCUCUACAUACAUGUACAUGUUGACUCAGAAGUCCAUGUAUUGGCUACUAUUAUUUUUUUUUUUAUAGCAAAAAGUAAUUAACUGCCAUUAACCCAUGACAGGGUAAAAGUUGUUCUUUAAUAGACAGACUUUACAUUGCAUGACUUUAACCUGAUACCUUGAAUUAUAUAAUAUAGUACAUAGCAAAAAGUUCAUCACCGGAAUCAGAUCAAGAAUGGCUAUUUCAAUUUGGAACAGCUCAGCCAUUCUUCCUGCCCGACUCAGCCAGGAUUUUUUCCUUUGGAAAAAGACAUUCUAAUGCCAAACUUGUGAUGUACUAACUAAUUAUAAAUGGAAUGGAAGAAUUGAUUAUGGAAAACUAAAUACAAUGUAAUUUGUGCAUCAUAUGCUUCUAAUUUAUCUUACUUUUCAUUCAAAAUAUUUUGCCAUUUCUGGUUGGCUCCAGUCCCCUAGCUAAUUCUUCAUAACCAACAGGCACUAGCCAUAUUUGGAAGAUGCGAGCAAUAUACCAUCAAUUCAAUGGUAUAAUUAUUUGAUUGGAAAUGAGGUCGUUCAAUGGUAUAAUUAUUUGAUUGGAAAUGAGACUGCAUAAGCAAUAGACCAUUGUUCAACUUCAUUUCCAGGAGUUGCCACCAAGCACGCAGUUUAUUCAUGAGUUAACUAAAAAAAUGGCAUUCAUGGCUAUCCGACAAAGAAAUAGCUGAAUGUCUGACUAAAAGAAGAUGGAAAAAUUCCAAGAAUAUGCAAAACAUAUUGCUCAAUGGAUGUUAUUUACCUUCAGCAGAGGCCUUCAGCCUUAGUGUAUAACAUCCUACUCAGCCUCCUUCAACAAUUGCCAAAUAUCAUAUUGUUACAGAAAACUUUGAAAGGCACUUGAUAAUUAAAUAGAGUUUUUUCAAACCACUUCAGAGACGAUUAAGAGACAAACUCUCGCCUCACUUCUCAAAAUAAUACUUUCAUCUCGCAAGAGACAUUAAAAUUAUUGUUUUGCUUCAAAGUAUGUGUUUAUAACAACCUUGACAACUAAGUUUAACAUCUCAAACAACAGAGAUAGAUUACUCUGACGUAUUUGGGUCAGUCAAAAAAAUAAUGGUUUAUAAAUAAUUAUUUUGUACCUGACAUAUGGCAAAUGACAUAUUUUAGGUGAACCAACCAAGAUGUGUACACCCUGCCAGGUUUUGGAUGCUCGAGAAUUGUUGUGGCCAGUAGAAUCUCGCACAAUCAGUUUAACGACGUUUGCAAAAGAUCGAUGGCAAACAAGAAACACCUCUCUGGACAUUAUUUCAGAGUUUAAAACAGUAAGGUACCAGAAACUUAAAUUGUUAAUCUACACACCAUUCUUUUUACAUUAAAGACAAUAAGCUAAAGUGUGGGGGUAACCUGCAAUUUUCUCUAUACAUUUAUACUCUUGAUCAGGCAUCAUUUUAAAGCAAGUUUCUUAAAUUCACAGGCAAUCAUUAUGAUGGAUAGCAAAUAGAACCUAGAAAAUUAUGGGUUAAUUUUUGGGUUAAUUGAGGUGUUUGGUCCAGUUUCAAAAUUUCGUAAACACUUGUGAUGGAAUUUUAAACGCUUUGCAGGAAUAUGGAUUUCAAACAAAGGUCUUGUUUCUUGUUUUCUCGGCCUUUGUCAGGGUCUACCAUUUACCAACCUUAAUAAUAUUAUUAAUUUUGUUUCCAUAAAAUAUCCUUACCCACAUACUGUGGACUGUCAUUUGAAAUUUCAAGUGAUAAGUGGAGGAAGGGGGAGGGGCUGAAGACCUAAGUUUUUAUUAUAAAAAAGGAAAGUGAUAUAAAGUCGAACCUCCAUGUGCGACCACCUCCCAUAAGCGACCGCCAAUCCAAAACACCAAAAUUUUCCCAGUCAAAGCGUUACGGUUGGAACCUCUAGUAAACGAGCACCUGAUAAGCGACCGUGAACACUUUUGGAGCCUGACAGUUAAUGAUUUUCUAUUGUUUUUAACCUCAUGUAAGCGACCACUUGACACAUUCUCUGAUCUCUAUGUUCGUUGUGUCCACUAUGCUACUAAGAAAAUACGAAGAACUUUCGUGACAACAUGGAGUUACACAUGGAGUAACUUAGACAUGUGCAAUAAAUAUCUUCCAUAAAGUAGAUGUGUCUAGACUUCUUCUUGGAAGAGACUCCCCGUGGUUUGAUUCUUGUAAGCGACCACCUCCCGUAUGCGACCACUCAGUCUUUGCAUUUUGGGUGGUAACUUAAAGGACGUUCGACUGUAUGGGGCUAAACUGGAUUUUUUUAUAAAUCUCCAGAGGGAUAGGGAAUUCAAACCCGAGAAACCCUCUGGUGGGUAGUAUGGAUUUUAUUUGACUGCAACAACACAUCAAUUACAUCAUUGCUUAAUACACUGUAUAUCGUUUUUGUUUCAGAGAAAAAAUGUAUUUCACAGCUCAACCAGAGUCAAUGAUGAUUAAAAUUGAGCAUGCAGUGUUGGCAACAAAGUUUUCAGGAGGAAAGAAGGGAAACAGCUUGGCAGCUUCACAAAGAAAUAUGAAGGGAUUCCUCUACGGUCUGAACGGAACUAUUCUAAGAAGGCAAAGUAACUAGUUCCUUCAUCUUUGCUGAAAUCAUUUGUGUUCAUGCACAUUAUACAGGCCACUCUGCACAUUUUAUUUAAGACAUAUUCAAACUUAAAGGCACUUAUAUAGUUUGACCAAAUUUGUAUGUUAAAAGAUGCAUUGUUUGGAUGGACAAUAUCAACGACAACAUUAUUUGCUGCAAUACAUUUACAGUAAACUGCGCUACAGUUUCCUUGCAAUUAAAAGUAUUUAAAAACUCGGUGAUUCUAUUUACCAAACAAAUAAGGAAAAAUCGCAUUGAUCGUAUUAGAUUUUUCGGUACCCCUACAUGGCAGCAGUAAGAGCCACACCCUAUAGGGUUAUGUACAGUAGACAGCAAAAUACGUGGUGUUUUUGCAAAACUCAUGAACGCAUGAACGGUCAAACAAAAGCCCUGGAGUGAGGGUGAAAACAAAGUGUGGGACAGGGUAGAAACACAAAAAAACUGCUCGCCCCUGGAAAGAACUGAUUUUCAGCAUGGAUAAUUAUCCAUGUUUUCAGGAAAAAAAACCGACUGUUUGCUGUUAAACGAUUACCGUAUUUCCUGGAAUAUGAGCCCUGGGCUCUUUUUUAAAGAAAUAUUUAAUAUAUGAGAUCAUAGUACCUUCUAGUGAUUUACAUUCAAAACUGCCAACAAAGAUUGUCCCUUCACUGCCAGGUGAUGCAUGGUCCGAACAGGUGCACUCAAUAAAUAGUCUAACUCAUCUUUGUGUUUCCUCUUAUUCCACAGCCUUUCAAAUGAAGACAAUGGUCCUAGAGGCAGAGCAGACAAGUUUACUGUGCGGGAAAUUCUUCACGCCGCAGGAGUAGAAAGUUUGGAUGAGCCUUCUGAUGCUCUUAAUGCCAAGGGAAAACCUUUUCGCCGCCAUGGGAUUGUUCUGCGCGUGGCUAUUAAUUAUCAAAACUCCGACUCCAGUUUUCUUGGAACCGGGUAUGGGUUUUCAAGUAUUCUCUUGACAUGUUUCAUUUCGUAGCCCGAGAAAACAGCCGACAAUUUUGCGACGCUACCACUGUUUUUCCCGCGAAGUGACGUCUGAGAAACGAGCGCAGAAACUCCAUACUGAUGACGUGUCACUACCCAGAUCUGGGUAGUGCUUCUGAUUGGUUGAAGCAAAUUUCCCACGCGGCUUGACCUUUCAGAAGCACUACCCAGAUCUGGGUAGUGACGCGUCAUCAGUAUGGAAUUUCUUCCCUCGUUUCUCAAAUGUCAUUUCGCGGGGAAAACAGUGGUGGCGUCGUGAAAUGUCGACUGUUUAGUUAGGCUAUUCAUUUCGUUGCCUGUAGUUUCUGAGUUUAGGGUGCAUUUGGAUUCUGGAUACCACGCUGUGAAUUCCGGAUUCCAACUACUAAAAUCCGGAUCCCUUGUCGGUGGAACUUGGCCUCCGGAUUCCAAUCGUUAGCGGGAUUCCGGAUUCUUUAAACUGAAUUACGGAUCCCAAAACUUAGGAGUCUGGAUUCCACAAACGAAUGUUCCCGGAUUUCGGAAACCGAGUCACCUUACACGGGCCAAGAGGUUAGCUCAACAACCUAGCUUUUCGCAAAAUGGGUAAUUCAUAGGUCAUGUUUUAUCUUGUGUCGUUUUUUCAAACCUUAUACUGGAGCUCCACGCGCGGUGCUUCGGAGCCCCAUAGCUAAGGAAAUGUGGUAAUCUACCCAUGCGAGAAAAUUUGGUAAUCACGUGACCGUACACCCCCGACCGACCGACCGCCCGGUCGUCCGUCCGCACCACAGGCAUACCAAUGUAAAAUAAUUCAAUCAACAGGUAUGGCAACCCAAAUGCAACUCAAGGUUUUAUUUGGAAGGAAAUCACAUGACCGCCCUGACUGUUAGAAAGAAAAAACAACAACAAAGUCGUGUCUUUUUCGGCGUUAUUUUUUAUGUUUACACUAACGUGGAUAACAGAGAAAGAGCUAGAGCGAGUGAGACGAAUUUCGUAGGAAGAAAAACAUGGAAAUUUAAAGCGGCGGUGAGAAAAUGAGGAAUGCUACCGGCCAGCAAGGUGAUUUCAAAUGAGCGGCAGUGAAAAAUAAAAGCGAACAUGAACACGGGAAACAAAAUAUUGGGUAAGCAUAUACGACAAUUCCUGCACAAAAAUAAUGUGUAACUAGGAAGUUUGACGUUUUAGUCGUACAAAACACCGUUUUAGUCGUGCAAAACAACGGCAAGGGAAAGACAAAAAAGCGUGUUGCACGUGCAAAUUUGUUUUUUGCUAAUUAGAAGAAAAAAUGUGCUGCACGUCCAAUUUGUUUUUUUUUCUAAUUAGAUCUAUUAGUCUCGAAGCCAUUUUCAUUGUCGUCCCCCUUUAGCAUUACACGAUUUAAUUUUUUUUUUGUUUACACGUAUUAUUAACCAGAGCUUCGCUUUUAGCCUGGGCUAAAUCUAUACAUUAACAUUAUCUGUCUGGCUUUUAUUUUGUAGAGAUAUAACAUAUUCUUACCAUGUGAGGCGGAUUCCGUUUGCAGACUACAGAGUUAAUGAGGUCAUUCCGGUGCUUAGUGAAAAAGAUUUUACAGACUCCAGUCAAAUGGGACGUCAAGAGAAUCGGCUGUUUCGAAAACGCUAUGGCAUCAAAAUAGAAUUCCAUCAAACUGGUCGAUUAGGUGUGUGAGGAAUGAUUUUUAAUUUUUUUCCCUGAUGUAUGGUGGGUUUCUUUGUUAAGUCACUAGGAAGGGUAAACUACUUCCGACUCCGACAAUCUGGUUUUCACUAGACCAUAAGCGGAACGUAAGCGAUGGAGUCCUAAACGGAGUCGGAAGAAAUGGAAACGUUAUGAUUCUUCUGACUCCGAUUCCGUCGCGCUUACGACUACGAUUUUAUAUUUUUACUAGGUCAUAAGCUCUCUUACGACUCUACUUACGACUCCGACUGCGACUCCGUCGCUAGAGAAAACCAGCCUUUAGUACGCAAGCGGGUGAUUUAUCCUUAAUUUAUUGUAUAAGCAGGCAACUUACAGACCUUUCAGAAAUCAUAUGCGUAGCAAAGUUCACAAAAUUUGAGCCCGUGUUAAACAGUAGAAAAUUUCGCAACUCCUCUUUACAAAUAACAUUCCUGCACACGGACUACUGUACAACAUCUCGAGGCAGCCGGUUUCGCCCCUCUUCGCGUUCGCCUCGUUGGAGUUCGACCCCCGAUUUACAUCAUGAUUGGUGUUAAGCGCCUACAAUACUGAUUAGAGCUAAGUACUGACUCAAAAUGGUUAGCUUCUAUUCACAGGCAGGUUUGUUACUUUAUAAAGGUUAAGUCACCGGUCAACUCCGAGGAGUGCGAAACCGGCAUAAAUACAACAUUUUUUUGUUAACUGUCUUUUCUUUAUUACCAAAGGUCAUUUCUCAUUGUCUUCAUUGUUACUUCGUCUUGCAUCUGGAGUUGGCUUGUUGACGUUAACAGCAACUGUUGUAGACAUUCUAGCGCUGUACAUCCUUCCUGAUAAAGUAAGAUACCGCAAAUAUGUCUACGAGGAGUCCCCGAUAUUAGAAAUGAAGAAGGAGCAAUAA